AUGGAUAUCACAAAGAACAUCGUGACUUUACUUCUUGUAGUAUUGUUUCCAAUUUUGUUUUAUUACAACAAUGUUUUGGCAUUUCCGGCGAGCGAUCAAUCGAUAUAUGCUCGUUGCAUUGGUCCAUGUCCGAGGUAUGCCGUGCCUCAUUGGUGUGAAAAUGAAUGUUUGUCUAGGAAGUACAUGGCAGGAGGAGAAUGUGCUUUUAUUGAAGGAGAAGGACCAACACCACGGUGUUGUUGCAUUAACUUAUGA